AUGAGUGCCGUCGACAAGUCCCAUCCCAGCGCCAAGGCGCCCCAGAAGACCAUGCUGAAUCUGGGAAACCUCCCCCCCAAGCUGAAGGCUUCUGAACUCAAGGCUAAUGCCAACCAAUACCCCCGUACUCCUUCUCGUGUCAACCCUAACCAGCCUCCUUGGCCUGCCUACCGUGGCUACCACGAAUACUCUUUCGCUCAUGCUACUAUGGGCGUACGACUGCCCACUAUUUUGGGCAAGGCUAUCGACGAUGUCUGGAAGACUAUCAACCAAGAGUACGACGAGGACCGUAUCGUCGAUCUUAUCAACUGCAUCAAGCGAUUGGAAAACCUCAUGGACGAUCUCCAAGGCAACAGCAAGCUGCGCCCCAUCAUUGACGACGGAGCGGGAGACAUUGCUCUCUGGAAUAAGGAAAUUGCCAAGUUUUUCCGAGGCAAGGACUUUAUGAAUGCCCCCUGGCUCUUCGCCGAGGCCUACAAGUACAGAAGGUUAAGGGAGUGCUUCUCUCUUUCCAAGUACUGGGUCGAUUAUGAUGUCUUCUUCCGCCAGAAGUGCGACACCUUCUCUCGAUCCAACACUGCAGUCUUUGAACUGUCUCAGCGAUUCCAGGAGCCUCGAACUCAUGCUGCGGAUAUCUCUGCGGAGGAAAAGAUCGAAAAGGACAAACUUUUGUUCCUCGAACUCACCCAAGUCUGCUUGUGGGGCAACUCCACCGACUUGUCUCUUUUGAUCGACAUGACCGAGGAUGACAUCAAGAAGCUGCAGUCUACCGGUGGUGACCAUCUUGCCGCCACGGAAAAGAACAUUUUGGGUAAUGACCUCCACAAGCUCGCCGACUAUGUCACCAAGCUCAAGGGCGGCCGAAUCGACUUUGUCUUGGACAACGCCGGUUUCGAACUCUACUGUGACAUGGUCUACGCCGACUGGUUAAUUCAGAGUGGUAUUUGCAACCAAGUCAUCUUCCACGGAAAGAAGAUUCCCUGGUUCGUUAGUGAUGUGACCAAGAAGGACUGGGAUUGGAUUCUCAACUCUUGUGUCUACGGUCACCUCUUUGAGGAGGCUUCGGAUGCCGAAGUCGAGUCUCUGAGGACUCUUGGUCACAGAUGGAAGCAGUACGAGAAGGAGGGCAAGUGGAAGUACGAGGCCCACCCCUUCUGGUGCACUGGUUACACUUUUUGGGAUCUUCAUUCCGAAGCCCCUGAUCUCUUCCAGCACCUCUCCGAUUCCGACCUCGUCAUCUACAAGGGUGAUCUCAACCACCGAAAGCUCACCUAUGACUGUCACGCUCCUCUCGAUACUGCCUUUGCCACCGCCAUCGGUCCCCUCGCUUCCGAAGCUGGCGCGCCCCCCGUCUGUUCCUUGCGAACCAUCAAGUCUGACGUCGUCGUUGGACUUCCUUCUGGUGUCGGCGAGAAGCUUGAUGAGGAGGAGCCCGGAUGGAAGAUCUCGGGCAAGUACGCCGUUGUAUUGCUCUCUGAAGGUAGAAAGGGCGAGGCUCCUGUCUUUGUGAAGGAUUAG